AUGGCGCCUCGACUCAACCUCUUCACAGCCAACAAGGCCGUCUCGGCCCUGCGCCAAUCCACCACUCCCGCACUGUCCUCCCCCCGGAGCAUCGCCAGCCCCGUCCGAUUCCGCGCCGUCCAGUCACUACCCAUUCAGCGCCGAUGGAACUCCUCGCGCGAUGCUUCGAAGAAGGUCGAGCCCCAGCCCGAUCAGCAGACUUACCCGACGGUCGAUCAGCUGCCCGAUGUGACUGAGGAGGCCAACGAGAUCUCUAGAAUCAUGGAUAAGGAAAAGCGUUGUGAUGGUAUUCCUUCUACUCCGGAGUUGGAUCAGGGGACACCUGUUGAGGAGAUCCUCAGCCGCGAUAAGGACGCUAUGAAGCACAUGCCGAAGGUUAUGCGUGACGCAUUGAAGAAGUCUGGUGGCUCGCGCUCUUUCUCGACUUCCGCUCGGAGCCUCAUGAACGAUCUGCAGGGCGUCGAGCCUAACAGCGAGGCUAACCUUAUUCCUAAUGUGCCUGGACUCGAGGGCGCUAGUGAUGAGGCUGCUGCUGCUCUUGCUAGCAUGAUUGAGCAGGUUCAGGGUCAGGCUCUUGAGGAGAACCCCGGGCUUAAGUUUGAUCCGCCUGCCGUCCCCGAGGACAUGAAGACGUUGAACUUCCGCAAGCGCUACGAUACCAUGCAGGAUCAGUUCACUAAGAUGAUGAUGGAGAGUGGAAAAUUGACCAAGGCCCAGAAGAACAUGGCUCUCGUUCUGGAUCACCUCCGCACCGCCUCUCCUCCUCAGAUUAACCCUCGUCGCCGUCUUCUAGGAGCUCCCCCUGCAUCCCAGCUCCCCCUCGACCCCGUCCUCUACCUCACUCUCGUCGUCGACUCCGUGGCGCCUCUCUUCCGAAUUCGUCAGCAGAAGGGUAUCGCUGGUGGUGGUACUGCCGUGCAGAUCCCCCACCCGCUGACUCUGCGCCAGCGCCGUCGUACUGCGAUCAAGUGGAUUCUUGAUGCGUCGGAAAAGCGACGCGACGCGCUGUUUGCGAAUCGUGUUGCAGCUGAGGUGGUGUCCGUUGCUGAGGGUCGUAGCGGUGUCUGGGAGAAGAGGGACCAGCAGCACAAGAUUGCCUCGGAGCCGACUACCCUCCGGCCACCCCCCUCGACGGUGGCUCCUAUCUCGCACUCCGAUUCCAUUGAACUUGUCGAGUACAACCCUACCUCGCACCCAGCUCCCACAAGCGCAUCUGGCACUGCUCGCUCAGACCAAUACCAACAUAGCGCUGGGCGGUUUGACCCUGCAGCCGACUCGCAGCCGCUUGCGGACUUUGAUACAGGUGGUGGAGAACCGCAGGAGAAGACAUUAGAGUUUGACCAGCCUCAGGGCUCUCGCCUUCGGUUCUGGGCUGAGGCUCUCCGACGUCGCGCUCACAACGCAUCGCAAGGGAACGUCGAUCCUGAUUCCGAAACCAAGAUGAAGUUCUCACAUAGUGUUCAGUUUAAUGCUGUGCCCGAUUGGAGUUCGAACUACAUCGCGUACAGCAAUUUGAAGAAAUUGAUCUACACCAUUGAGAAACAGGUCAAUCGCAUUGAGGGACCGGCCACCACAGAUGUAGAGUCUGCUCCGCUUCUGGGUGGUGCUCAACCGAGUAACCCGGAUGUGAUCUUUAAACGGGCUCUUGAUGUUGAGAUGGAGAAGAUCUGUUCUUUCUAUCAGAAGAAGGAGGCGGAGAUUUUUGAACUCGCGGAUGAGCUCAUAAAAGAUGCCGAUCUAUAUAUUUCCGAGACCGACGGUCUCAAUAUGGAUCCCGUCAGCGAGACAAUCAUCAAGGCAAGCUCCCGCCGCAACGGUAGUACCUCGAUUCCGCGUCGGCGAUCUAGUGCUGUGAGCAAUGACUCGCUGGCAGACGAUGAAGGAGAAGCUGGCGAUAGCGACGACGCCCAGUCCCCAACGACCCUCCCACAGCGCCGGAGAUUGCUGCAGUCGACCGACGGCGAGUCUAACACGGAUGACCAGUACGGUGAUAUGGUAGACUCUUCCUACUUUGGACAGUCGACUACCCGAGAACCGCACGAGUCGCACUUCAACGACGAGGAUUUCCUCGCUCUUUACAAUACUGGUAUUUCGUUGAAGAAGCGCCUGGUUGAAUGCUACGUCUCACUCUGCGAACUUCGCUCCUUCAUCGAGCUGAACAAGACUGGUUUCGCCAAGGCCCUCAAGAAGUAUGACAAAACCCUGGACCGCAGCCUUCGUCGAGACUACCUCGCCUCCGUCGUCCAUCCUGCGACACCUUUCACCGAUAGCACCAUGGCUGAGAUCGAUCGGCACAUUGAGAACGUGGAGGGUGUGUACGCAGGCAUCGUAACGAAAAACAACAAGCAGUUUGCUAGACGCGAGCUGCGUCUGCAUCUUCGUGAGCAUGUCGUCUGGGAGCGGAAUACCGUCUGGCGUGAGAUGAUCGAGAUCGAACGUCGUGCGCAGGCCGCUAAUGUUGGUAUUCGCCGGACCCUCCUGGGUGGCGAUGAGGACCCGGCCACUGCACGGCGCCAGGGUGAUAAGAACGAGAUCCGCACUCAGGAGAUGUCAACGCCGCUUGGUCGGUUCCAGUUCCCGUUGUGGCUCUGCAGCUUGAGCUUUGGUACGCUGGUAUUUAGUAUCGCCCUCUUCGGCGCAAUGCUUUCCGUAAACAUAAUGGAAACUCCCGAGGAGCAGAACUGCUUGGCUAUGCUGGUCCUCGUUAGUAUCUUGUGGGCUACUGAGGCUAUCCCGCUGUUCGUCACUUCGCUUCUUAUCCCAUUCCUAGUCGUGACUCUAGGUAUCAUGCGGUCAGACGAGGAACCUCCCAUGCGAUUGGGACCCAAGGAAUCAGUUGGAAAGGUGUUCGCAGCGAUGUGGACUCCUGUAAUUAUGCUGCUUCUUGGUGGAUUCUCAAUCGCAGCGGCGCUGUCCAAGUACGAUAUUGCACGGCGCAUGGCCAUGUUCGUGCUGAGCAAAGCUGGAUCGAAGCCAUCUGUAAUGCUCUUGACCAACAUGUUUGUGAGCAUGUUCCUGAGCAUGUGGAUCAGUAAUGUUGCCUCUCCUGUACUCUGCUACUCGAUCAUCCAGCCUUUGCUGCGCAACAUGCCUCCUGAGUCAGACUUCGCCAAGGCACUCGUGCUGGGUAUCGCAUUAGCCGCCAAUGUCGGUGGUGCAGCGUCCCCGAUUGCCUCACCCCAGAACAUCAUUGCCCUGCAGAACAUGGAACCGAACAUCAGCUGGGGCACGUGGUUCUUCAUCGCACUCCCCGUCUGUAUCAUCUCCAUUCUCCUCAUCUGGGUUCUGCUGCUGGUAACAUUCCGCCCGGGCCGCAAUGCAACCGUCAUGCCCAUCCGCCCCGUCAAGGACCGGUGGACCGGCAUGCAGUCCUUCAUCAGCAUCGUCACCCUCCUAACAAUCGUCCUCUGGUGCUUCAGCCACCAGCUCGAACACAUAUUCGGCGACAUGGGUGUCAUCGCCAUCAUCCCUCUCGUCCUCUUCUUCGGCACCGGCAUCCUCAACAAAGAAGACUUCAACAACUUCCUCUGGACAAUCAUCAUUCUCGCCGCCGGUGGUCUGUGCCUUGGCAAGGCCGUCACCUCAUCCGGCUUGUUGCACACAAUCGCAAUGGGAAUCACCGCCCGCGUUGAGAACCUCAGUCUAUACAGCGUUCUCUUGGUCUUCUGUUCUCUCAUCCUUGUCAUGGCAACCUUCAUCUCGCACACCGUCGCUGCUCUUAUCAUCCUCCCGCUCGUCCGCCAGAUCGGUGUCAGCAUGGAAAACCCUCACCCCAACUUGUUGGUCAUGGCCAGUGCAUUGAUGUGCUCUGUUGCGAUGGGUUUGCCCACGAGUGGAUUCCCUAAUAUGACUGCUAUCAUGACCGAAGUCCCCCAAACAGGCCAGCGAUAUCUCCAAGUCCGCCAUUUCCUCACUCGCGGCAUCCCCGCCAGUCUCAUGUCCUUUGUGAUUGUUGUCACUCUUGGAUAUGGACUAAUGUAUGUUGCGGGCCUGUAG